UCAGCUGAUUGAGGCGGCGGCGGCGGCCUCGCGGGACAACCGUCAGCAUCGCAGGUUCUGGCGCGGAGCGGAAGAGCUCUCCCGGCACGUCUGUGUGCGGUCGGCGAGGCUCGGUCGCCGCCGCAACACCAUGGCGACCACCGUCAGCACGCAGCGCGGGCCGGUGUACAUCGGUGAACUCCCCCAGGACUUCCUUCGCAUCACACCCACACAGCAACAGCAGCAGAUCCAGCUGGAUGCCCAGGCAGCACAACAGCUGCAGUACGGCGGGGCGGUUGGCACUGUGGGCCGCCUUAGCAUCACGGUUGUGCAGGCAAAGUUGGCAAAGAAUUAUGGUAUGACUCGUAUGGACCCCUAUUGCCGCCUGCGUCUGGGCUAUGCUGUGUAUGAGACACCCACAGCCCACAAUGGGGCCAAGAACCCCCGCUGGAACAAAGUUAUCCAAUGCACAGUGCCUCCAGGUGUGGACUCAUUCUACCUCGAGAUCUUUGAUGAGCGAGCCUUUUCCAUGGAUGACCGCAUUGCCUGGACCCACAUCACCAUCCCUGAGUCCCUGAAGCAGGGCCAGGUGGAAGACGAGUGGUACAGCCUAAGUGGGAGGCAGGGCGAUGACAAGGAGGGCAUGAUCAACCUGGUGAUGUCCUACACGUCCCUGCCAGCUGCCAUGAUGAUGCCACCCCAGCCUGUGGUCCUGAUGCCAACUGUCUACCAGCAGGGUGUUGGCUACGUGCCCAUCGCAGGAAUGCCUGCUGUCUGCAGUCCUGGCAUGAUGCCCAUGGCCAUGCCCCCACCAGCUGUGACUGCCCAGCCCCGCUGUAACGAGGAGGACCUCAAGGCCAUCCAGGACAUGUUCCCCAACAUGGACAGGGAGGUGAUCCGCUCCGUGCUCGAAGCCCAGAGGGGGAACAAAGAUGCCGCUAUCAACUCCCUGCUGCAGAUGGGUGAAGAGUCUUAGACCUGCCUUCCACCCUUGGCUUCAUGCCAUUGGCCCUUUGGACUUGCCCACCCAGGGCUCCUCUGCAGGGUCACUGUCCCCACAAGAUUCCAAUGAGAGACCGCCCAUGUACUCCUUCCUCAGACAUCUGUGUCACCCUUUCCGCCUCUUCCUGGGAUGCAUGUGGGUUUUUGUUCCAGGCAGCCCGCCCUCUGCCGUCAGUGGCAGGUAGGACAGCUCCUCCUUGCUUCUGGUUCAGUGAUGUUGGCGUGACCCUGUCACUGAACAGACAGACCUAUAGUCCUGUUACUUGGGGACAUGCAUCUCUCCUCCUCACACUGUUCUGGAAAGUAUCUUACAGAAAGUAGCUGCCUCAGCCAGGGCGUUAAAAAAUGUGGAGCAUCCUUCUGAGUCAGUGAGCGGCAUGGGUUAUUCAUCCUAGUGGGAUAGACCCAGGAGUUUAAGGCAUAACUAGUCCAUGUGCACUGACUUGUGGGCUAUUUUUAGGACUUUCAAACUGAAAGUUCCUUCCUUCUCUUGGUGGUAUAUGUGGACCUGGAGCCCUGGGCUGGUCCUGAGCUGGUGAGCUGGGCUUCUAGCCAUAGCCAGCAGACCUGACUCUUGCCUAGCUCCACUGUUACUGUCUAGCCAGGCCUAAGCCACACAUUCCCAUGUGAAUCCAGAUGGCAUCCAGACCUGGCUCUGCUUGGCCUUUGCCUGCUGGACACUACUUUUUGCCUCCUGUUUCAUCCCAGUGCCAUGGGAGUUAUCCUGGGGAUCCUGGGACUUCUCUUCUGCUAGGCUGCUAGGCUCUUGCCACAGAGCGAGCCUGUGGUGGAGACAGACGUGACCCUGUGUCUACUAAAGGGCAUUCAGCAGAUGCUGUGACCAGUACUGUAGCUUGGUUUGAGUGAUAGAAAGCAGUACACGUCACCAGCUUACAACAGAGGUGCUUGCCCCAAGGGUAGUCACUGUAUGUUGCAUCUUGGGUUGCAAGCCUCUGAACAUGUGUGCUGGCUAUAGAUCUCAGGGUUAGGGACAGAAGGUGUGACACCUUGUUGUAAGACUCAGAAUUUUGAGAGCAUUCUCAGAAGUGAUGCACUUUCAAGUCUGCAGAACAUUGAAGGCUAGUGUGCAUCAUUGCAUGUUUGUGCUGUUGUCAUUUUGCAUUAAAUUGCCAUUUCUUCUUCCACAAAUUAGCACCCAGCCUUUGGAUUUGAGGUCCCACCAGCGCAGGCACACAGGUGACUCCCAGUAGCCGAGAGUUGCAUGACUGACUUAGAAUGAGGAAGUUAGUGCUUCAGGUUCAGUCUUUUCCCUAAAAACAGGUUGUUUUAGUGCCAUUCAGACAAUAUUGCUUUUUGCCAGCGGUUGUGGGGUGUUUUUUUGUCAAAUAUUUGUUCAUAAAUAUUUAUUUUUAUAUACCUGAAGGUGGUAUGGGGUGGUUGGCAGGCAUGGGGUGGUGGCAUCACAUGCUUUUACUUGUGGAUCAUUCUUAAUCCAUAAUGGAGAAGAAAGACCAAUGUUUAAGUCAAUUCAACCGCUCACUUUAACACCAUCAGCACUGGAAGUCUCCAUUCCAGACUGACAUGUGGCCUUGUGCCUGGGUAGCCAGUGCCCCUCCUGUGGGACAGACAUGUCAGGUGGGACAGGAGCUGCCAGGUGGUCCAGUUGGUGUCAGCAACAGACGCAACACUGCACAGAGUGUGAGUCUGCAGGCUCCAGGCAGGGUCACAAUCACUGGCUUCUGCCUUAACAUUGCUGGGGUGUCUGGGCACAGGACCACCUCAUUCAUGUGGGGUUCUGUAGUGUGUGACCUGGAAGGAGUGCCACCCAACCCCUGAGCAGCCCCUGUGGCACCCACAAGGCAGCUCUCGCUCAGGAAGGAGAGCAAUGAUUUCAAGAUAGAUUCAGACUCAGAACUUGCCAGAUUCUUCCCUUCUCAUGAACAUUUAUUUUUUAAUAGAUUGAAGAAAGAUCAUAUUUUAUAAGGCUGAAGUUCAGUGAGGCCCUCUUGCCUUCGUUUGCACUGUUUUCAUUGAAAGCUUGCAUGUCCCAGCCUCCUGCCCCUCCCAGUACAGGGGAAGAGGCAGCACUAUCCGCCCCAUUCCCCAGAGCCAUGGUGUUAGCUCUGCUUGCUUGAUUCUCCAUCCCAUCCUGUGUCUGGUUUGUGUGAAAGGUGGAGCAGAUUGGCCCCAGCUCAAAGGCAGAGCCAUAACAGAUGUAGAUAGGCUUCUGGCUGGGGAUCUAGUCCCUCACUAGGCCUCAUUGCUGUCCUGCCAGGUUUAAAGAUGUAUAUCAGUAGCAAAGCCACACAGAGUGCUUGGUGGGAACUCAGCCACUUCUGACAUGGGAAGGGGUCUGGGCACAGCCUGGCCUGUUUUCUUCGUGGCAGAUGCUAGUGGCUAGAGUUGGAGCCCACCUGGCAUCUGUGAUCUGACAUGAACUCUGGCUUCCAUCUCACCAUGUGAGUGAUGACUGCUGAGGUGAAAGAAGUGUCUCAUGUAGUUGGGUUCUGCCCAUAUCCUCUCAGGCCGCUCUCCUUCAUGGUCUCUAACGUGGGCUGAGAUGCACUGCUUGGAGGUUGGUGGGAAUGGUUCUCAGAACUUUGCGUUAUCUUGGGAGGGAGGUACAUGUCCAGAAUUUUCUUUGAUUGUACAAUAUAUUUUUACUUUUCAGCCUUCUAAUUUAAUAAGUGUUCCAUAUAAAAAUAGAGAAAUAAAAUCCUCUAAGGGAAUAUUUACCA